AAGAGUCCCCCACUAGUACUGUUCAUAAAUUGAACCCGUUUGUCCUCCCUUCCUACCCGACAAUUGUUUUUCGAUCCCAUAGACAAGCUCAGAAACGAACCAAUUCAACGAAAUCACUUCAGCGGUGACUCUUACAAAAAGCCACAUCAUAAUUUCCUUUUGUUGUCUGCCUUUCAAUACCACUUUAGACUUACGACCGUAAUACUUUCUUUGCUCUCUACGAGCUUAAUUUCGCCAUACAAUCACACCCACACAUAAACAACCACAGAUUCAGUCAAAAUGAAUUCAAAAAUGGAAUUCACAGAUAGGGCCAAGAAGGCCAUGGAGGACGCCAUGGACCUGGCAGAACAACACGCCCACUCCCAGCUUCUACCCGUCCACCUUGCAGUUUCUCUCCUGGACCCUCCCCCGGAUUUGUCCAAGGACCAGCAGAACCCUACACCUGGUGCUUCACACACUCUCCUGAGGCAGGUCGUUGAGCGAGCCCAAGGUGACCCUCAGCUUCUCGACAGGGCGCUGAAAAAGACCCUGGUUCGGCUUCCCAGCCAAGACCCGCCCCCAGAGAAUGUCACCAUGUCUCCAUCGUUCAACAACCUUAUCCGCAAGGCUAUGGAACUGCAGAAGGUCCAGAAAGACUCAUUCAUUGCAGUGGACCACUUGAUUUCAGCCUUGGCCGAAGACGUUAGCUUCCAAAAUUGUCUCAAGGAGGCCAAUGUUCCCAAACACAAGCUCAUUCAGGAUGCUGUCCAGACCAUCCGUGGUACCAAGAGGGUGGAUUCCAAGACGGCAGACACUGAGGAAGAGCACGAGAACCUCUCGAAAUUCACCAUUGACAUGACGGCUAUGGCACGGGAAGGGAAAAUCGACCCGGUCAUCGGACGUGAGGAGGAAAUCCGCAGGGUUGUUCGAAUCCUCUCGAGGAGAACCAAGAACAACCCCGUGCUCAUCGGUGAGCCUGGUGUAGGAAAGACCACCGUCGUCGAGGGUCUUGCCCAACGAAUCGUCAAUGCCGACGUACCGGACAACCUGGCUGCCUGCAAGCUCCUUUCAUUGGACGUCGGUGCCUUGGUCGCCGGGAGCAAGUACCGUGGAGAGUUCGAGGAGAGAAUGAAGGGCGUCUUGAAAGAAAUCGAGGAGGCCAAGGAGAUGAUUGUGCUCUUCGUUGACGAAAUCCACUUGCUCAUGGGGGCUGGCUCCUCUGGUGAGGGUGGCAUGGAUGCUGCCAAUCUCUUGAAGCCCAUGCUUGCUCGUGGCCAGCUGCACUGUAUUGGCGCCACAACCCUGGCUGAGUACCGCAAAUACAUCGAGAAGGAUGCCGCCUUCGAGCGUCGUUUCCAGCAGGUUCUUGUCAAGGAGCCCACAAUCAACGAGACCAUUUCUAUUCUCCGAGGUCUCAAGGAGAAAUACGAGGUUCACCAUGGUGUGACCAUCGCAGACAGCGCCCUGGUUGCUUCAGCGAACCUUGCGGCACGCUACCUCACAACUCGGCGCAUGCCUGACUCUGCUGUGGACCUGAUCGACGAGGCAGCUGCGGCUGUGCGUGUUGCUCGUGAAUCUCAACCGGAAAUAAUCGAUUCUCUUGAGCGCAAGCUACGACAACUGAAGAUCGAGAUUCACGCGCUCUCCCGCGAAAAGGACGAGGCAUCUAAGGGUCGGCUUGCUCUUGCGAAGCAGGAGGCGCAAAACGUGGAGGAGGAGCUCAGGCCUCUUCGCGAAAAGUACGAGAGUGAGAGGAAGCGUGGCAAAGAUAUCCAGGAGGCGAAGAUGAAGCUUGACCAGCUCAAAGUCAAGAUGGAGGAUGCUAGCAGAAUGGGCGAUCAUGCACGUGCCGCAGACCUCCAGUACUAUGCCAUCCCUGAGCAAGAAAACGUCAUCAAGCAGCUCGAGAAGGACAAGGCUGCUGCCGAUGCUGCUAUCAGCGCUCAGGCCCAGACCGAUCACGGUGGUUCAAUGAUCACCGAUGUUGUUGGACCUGAUCAGAUCAACGAAAUUGUGUCGAGAUGGACUGGAAUCCCCGUCACCCGACUCAAGACAUCCGAGAAAGAGAAGCUUAUCCAGAUGGAGAAGGCUCUCGGCAAACUCGUCGUCGGUCAGAAGGAGGCGGUGCAAUCGGUUUCGAACGCCAUCCGUCUGCAACGCUCUGGACUUAGCAACCCGAACCAGCCACCGAGCUUCCUAUUUUGCGGUCCAUCAGGUACUGGUAAGACGCUGCUUACCAAGGCGCUUGCCGAGUUCCUCUUCGACGACUCGAAGGCCAUGAUCAGGCUCGACAUGUCGGAAUACCAGGAGAGACAUUCACUCAGCCGCAUGAUUGGAGCUCCGCCAGGAUAUGUCGGUCAUGACGCGGGUGGUCAACUGACUGAAGCGCUUCGCCGCAAGCCCUUCUCCAUCCUCCUGUUUGACGAGGUUGAGAAGGCUGCCAAGGAGGUCCUGACUGUACUCCUCCAGCUCAUGGACGACGGUCGCAUCACCGAUGGCCAAGGACGUGUUAUCGACGCUCGUAACUGUAUCGUCGUCAUGACCUCCAACUUGGGUGCAGAGUUCCUCGCUCGACCAGCUGGCAAGGACGGCAAGAUUGACCCAACGACGCGCGAGCUUGUGAUGAACGCGUUGCGCAACUACUUCCUGCCCGAGUUCCUGAACCGUAUCUCCUCAACCGUCAUAUUCAACCGUCUCACACGUAAGGAAAUUCGCAAGAUCGUUGACUUGCGCAUUUCCGAGAUCCAGAAGCGACUUGCAGACAAUAACCGCAACAUCGCCAUAUCGGUGUCGAAUGAAGCUAAAGACUACCUGGGCAACGCUGGCUACUCACCGGCCUAUGGUGCUCGCCCACUGGCCCGCCUUAUUGAGCAGGAAGUUCUCAACAAGCUUGCUGUAUUGAUCUUGCGCGGCAGCAUUCAAGAUGGCGAGGUCGCGCGGGUGGAGCUCAUUGACAACAAGAUCGUUGUCCUAUCAAAUCACUCCAGCAGUGAAAAUGGUGACGAUGUCGAGAUGAUUGAUUCUGAGGAGGAUGCAGUGGAAGAGCUUAUCAGGGACGACGAUGAUGAGUUGUUUGACUAAACGGAGGGAUUGGUUGGAAAUGAUGACGAAUCAUGAUAGUAAGCUUGGGAUUGAGCGUUAGUUUCUUGUUUCUUUUCUUCUAUUCAUGUAUAUUCUCAGCUAUGAUUGUGCUUCAAGAAUUUUACGGUAAUGGCGUUGGGAUUCUAUGAAUAAAAUCAAAAAAUGAGUUAAAUCACAAGGCGAGACAUCACUAUAGCAUGUUAAAAUAACUGCGCGACUAUCCAUGAAGUUGUAGACAAGUGAAUUUCAUACAGACACAAAGAGUAUAGUCAGGAGUGACAUCUAAACACAAUCUAGAUAGUUCUAGAUGCUGGACCCCACUGGCAAGCCGAUCAAGAUUGAUCCCCAGAGUCACAGCUUCUGUUCCUUAGUAUUCUUAGUAGAGUAUCUUUGUGAGAUCGUACAGGAUAUACAAGUACAUAUGAGUAGUAGGUAACCACCAAAGAGGCAGGCAUAUUUAUAUACAGCAAGAAUACAAUACAAUGCCAAGUCGCUCAAG